UAGCGUUACCGGAUGUUACGGCACAGCCGGAAGUGGAUGUGAAGGCUGGUGGUUGAAGAUUUGGAGAGAGGGCAGACUCUAAGUGGCUUACCCUAUAACUUAUUCAGAAAGGCUUGUGCGGACGGAGCAGGAGCCAGGGACCAGGAAUUGUGAUGUGUUGAUGGGAAGAGUUGCAGCUUUCUGUCCGAGAUAUUCCGGAUGAGAAUGGGAAAGGUGGUUGGGAAGAGGCUAGAGCAUUGAUGCAAUGACUGUGCCAUUUUGGCACAUGUUGACCUGUUGGUGCGAUGGUGGACAACCGUUUUGCCACGGCGCUGGUGAUUGGCAGUGUCCUGGCCUUGAUCUCUGCAGUGUACAUUGCUGCUGCCAUUGGUACUGACCACUGGUAUGAGUACCGGAGUCAGCCCAGCCUUUUUGGGAUGAACAGUACCGAGAUGCUGAGCAAUGAGGAAUUUGACCGCGAGGACACCGAUGAGUACCUGUACUCCCGGGCGCUCUUCACGUACAAUGGCACCAUCGGACUGUGGAGACGAUGUAUCAGCAAGCUCAAGGAAGGCUUCUGGUUCAAACCACCGCCAGAAGCUACAUCACGUUCCUCAAUGACUGUCUCCGGUUCAGACUCACUCCAUGUGGAAUCCAAUUCAAGUUUCCUUCGUGUUUUGAAUCCACCCAGGAUCACAGAUGUGAACCAGGGCAGUGUGUGUGUCACCUUCUCAUUAAAGGACCAGUUUACACCCAAGUUCAAACAGAUUGGAAACCACAACAGUGGAGUGGAUUACGUCAGAACCUACUUGAGUCGCUGCCAGAUCCUACUCCCAUUUGUCAGUUUGGCAUUCAUGUGUUUUGGGGCACUCAUUGGACUGUGUGUUUGUUCCUGUCGCACCCUGUACCCUGCCAUUGGCACUGGAGUGCUGCACCUCCUCGCAGGAAUCUGUACUCUAGGCACAGUGGUUUGUUUCGCUGCCAACAUUGAACUCCUCCACGCUAAGAUCCAGGACUUGGAGCCACGCCCAGAUGGCGAGUAUGGCUGGUCUUUUUGCCUGGCCUGUGUUUCUGCGCCUCUCCAGCUCAUGGCUGCGGCCUUGUUUAUCUGGGCUGCCCGCACCGACCGGACAGAAUACAGCAGGAUGAAGGCUUACCGGGUGGCUUAGCUGCCAUUCUCCGUUGCUCGCUCUGUCACUGCCAGAUUGUCGACAAGCACAUCAAUCAUGUUUGGAAAUAGCAGUGAUGUAAAAGGACCUCGCUCCUAAUUCUUCCCGUCCCUGCAUUUCAAUCAUGAAUGUUUGAGUCAUUGUUCUGCGGGGAUGUAACUCCCCUGUCACUCAGGAUCCCACGUGUUGGUAGCUCUGUUCAAAUCCCGUCCACUCCCUGUCCCUGAAGAAUUCUCAGUUUUCCAGCGCCAUGCAAACUCAGGACGUCCUGAAGCAUUUGACGGUCUGUGAAGUGCACAAAUUUCAAAUGUAGCCACGAUUGUAGUAUAGGUAAAUGCUGAUUCAAACUGUGCACUGGGAGCUGUCACAAGAAGCUGGCUGGUAAUGAGCAAAUCAUGAUCGUGCUUUGGUGAUGACUGAAUGGGCCCAGGGUCAGCUGACUGCUCCUGUUCUUCAAUACUGUACAUAGGCUCUUUUCUAUUCACCUUGCCCACAUGAGAGGGCAGAUGGGCCCUCCGUUAUGAUCUACCUAACCACCCACCUAGAUGUCUUCCCCUGAGAAACAUUGUAGGGCUGUUGCAUUGUGGCCCUUCCAGCAAUGCUGUGCUCCCUCAGAAUUGCCCCUCUUAACAGUGCAGCUUUACCUCUUGCAGUGAGCUUUUGGCUGGAGAGCAGUCCCUCAGCCUGACGGUCCAGCAGCAGAGCAGCUACUCAGCACUGACUCUGACAGCGCAGUGCUCCUGCAGUCCUGACCAUACACUGAUGCAGUAUUCCUUCAGCAGCAAUUCUCUGACAGUGCAACACUCUAUUAGGAAUGAGAUUCUCCAGCAGUGGGAGCAUCUCUUCAAUACUGUCAUUGCAGAGCUCCUGCAGUUCUGAUGAUCCAGCGGUGCAGUCCUCCUUCAGCACUGAUUCUUGGAAAAAAAACACUCCAUUUAUAAUGAAUCUCCAACAGUGUACUGCAGAGUCUUGUCCCUCUUGUACUGUUGUGCUCUCUGUGCUGCAUUGAGACUCUGGAGUGGGGCCCCAGUGUAUGUUCAUCUGCCUCAGAGGCGAGAGAGAGAUCUUCUCUGAACCAUACCAAGACUAAAGCUUUCUCUAUUGUAAUUUUCUGGCCAGCUGUCUAAUCAUGCUGAGAAUCAAAUGCUCACAUUUCGUAGGUCUUUGAAAAUGAAGUCCGACCCUGGACUCCAUCAUCCAAUCCUGAGGGUUGGGAACCACUUGUAGUUCCAAAUGAAAUAUAUUUCUCGUCUCUAUCAAGAGCUGGUCUGAAUGAAAUCAUGACUGUAAAAGAUUCGAAGGUAAAGGUAUCAUGGAUUGACUUGGACACUUAUGAGAAGAUGCAUCUCAGGGACAGCUGGAGUGUGUUCUCGCUCCAAAAGGAGGUGGGAGUUUGAUGCAAUCCACCGUGGACCUGGCUGUCAAGAUCCAUUUUUAUGUUAUAAUCUGUGUGAGAAAUCAUUAUUUAAUAACUGGUGAAUGUAUUUUUAUGAUAGUCCUCCUGUGCCCUGCAAUAUAUAAGUUAUUGAAAUAAAAGCAGGUGUUUAUAUAGUGAA